AUGGGCAGUUUCACUGUCGAGCUCUAUUACAAGCACGCGCCAAAGUCGGUAGACAACUUUGUGAAGCUGGCUGACAAGGGCUACUACGACGGCACCAUAUUCCACAGAAUCAUACGCGAUUUCAUGAUACAGGGCGGCGACCCGACGGGCACCGGCCGCGGCGGCGAGUCCAUCUAUGGCAGCAAAUUCGAGGACGAGAUCACGCGGGAGCUGAAGCACACGGGCGCGGGCAUCCUGUCAAUGGCCAAUGCGGGGCCCAACACCAACGGGUCGCAGUUCUUCAUCACGCUCGGGCCAACCCCGUGGCUGGACGGCAAACACACCAUCUUUGGGCGCGUGUGCGGCGGUAUGGGCGUCAUCAAGCGGCUGGGCAACGUCCAGACGGACGCGACCGACAAGCCGACGACGGACGUCAAAAUCUUGCGGGCGCGGAGCGUUGAUUGA